AUGCACAGGUGGCGGGCUCCGGGGAAUCCACGACAGGGCGCUCAGGGGGGCGGGAGGCUGCAGGCGGCGGCGUACGGAUGCCGCCGACGGCAUCGCGUUUGGUGCCUUCCAUCAGUCUGCGCGGGCGAGGGCGGGAAGCAUGCUGGCGGUCGGGCUGGUCGGCCGGUCGGGGACGAUGGCGGGUCGAGGUGGUGGCCGAGCUUGCCGUCGGCGGGGGCGGCGAUUGCUCAGGGAGCUGCGAAGGCGGCCCGCGCCUCGCCUACAGAUAUUCACAAGCGCGGCAGGGGGCACCUGCAGCGGCCGGCGGCGCUCAAGGUGUGGCCAGGGGGUCGGUCGGUGGUCCCGGGACCACGGUCGGCGGAGACCUCCCGCGCCGUCGGGAAAGCUGCCGCCAGUGGCCAACACACCCGAGCCACCAGUUCGGCCUCGGGUGGUGUCCCUGGGGCCGCAGGCGGCUACGGCGGCUCGGCGGCGCACGCGCGACGGGGGGCCGCCGGCGUUAUUCGGCAGGGCGAUCCGGCCGGAGGGGUGCACAGGUUGGCGGGUCCGGGGAACUCCGACGACAGGCGCGCUCAGCGGCCGGGGAGGUGCGGCGGCGCGUACGGAGCCGCCGACGCCAUCCGGUUUGGUGCCUUCCAUCAGUCGCCGCGGGCGGGAGGCGGACAGCAUGGCGGGUCGGGCUGGUCCGGCCGGUCGGGGACGAUGGCGGGGGUCGAGGUGGUGGCCGAGCUUGCGUCGGCGGGCGGCAGGCGAUGCUCGGAGCUGCGAAGGCGGCCCGCGCCUCGCGCCGAUACACAAGCAAGGCCGGCAGGGGGCACCUGCAGCGGCCGGGCGGCGCUCAAGGGUGGCCAGGGGUCGGUUCGGUGGUCCCGGACAACGGUCGGCGGAGCCUCCCCGCCGUCGGGAAAGCUGCGCGCCAGGGCACCACAACACCGAGCCACCAGCUUCGGCCUGGUGGUGUCCUGGGCCGCAGGCGGCUACGGCGGCUCCGGCGGCGCACGGCGACGGUGGGGCGCGGCGGUGACAAGGUGCCGGGUGCCUGGGUCGGGGCUCACCUAA